AUUUGAUUGAAAGGUCGCAAAAUCAGCCGGGAAGUGAACGACUGUAGGUACGACGCUUUCAAUGAAAAUCGAACCGGAAUCAUCGACGAUGAGUUCGCCACUGAAGGCGCUGGUAGAAUUCCUGCGGCUCAUUUAUGCCAAGUGCUACCGCAAAGUGGUCCGCGAAUGUAACCAACAAAUGAGUUUCGCUAUACGCCGGCUGCUCCGGGCAGCCAUGUGCGUGUUUAGCUGGUUCGUCAUGCCCUACUCGCAGUGCGUCAGUGGCCGGAUAGAGCGUCGCAAGUUGCCCCCGAUCGAUAAUCCGCUGCUGCUCCUGUCGGCCACCGUGCUGGCCGAACGUAUCCGCAAAGGUGAGGUGCGCAGCGAGGAUGUGAUCCGUGCGUACGUGCACCGCUGUCAGCAGGUCAAUCCCCUGCUAAAUGCCAUCGUGGAGGAUCGGUUCGAUGCAGCCCUGGAAGAGGCGCGCGAAAUUGAUCGACAGCUGGCAAACGGUACACUUGGCACCGCCGAGCAACUGGCACGCACAAAGCCACUCCUGGGACUGCCGGUCUCCAUCAAGGAAAGCUUAGCCGUCGAGGGCAUGAGCAAUACGGCCGGUCGCAAGCUGCGUGAAAAGAAGGUUGCCCUCAGCGAUGCGCCUGUCGUGCGGCAGGUGAAAAGUGCCGGUGGCGUUGUGCUGCUAGUCAGCAACACACCCGAACUGUGUCUGUGCUGGGAAACGUACAACCAGUGCACGGGACUGACGCGCAAUCCGUACAACCUGCAACGGACGGCCGGUGGUUCUUCCGGUGGCGAAGCCGCCCUGAUUGCGGCCGCCGGUUCACUGUUCGGUGUCACGACCGACAUCGCCGGCUCAUCCCGGCUGCCCGCCAUGUUCACUGGAGUGUUCGGCCACAAACCAUCGCCGUACGUAGUGUCCCCGUACGGGCAUCAUCCUUCCUGUGACGAUGAGAAUUGGGGUAGCUUCUUCACACCCGGUGCGAUGUGUCGGUACGCCGAAGAUUUGCCACUGCUGCUGGAAGCGAUGCGUGAUCCGGAGGGUGCGCCCGUUACGCUGGACAAACCGGUACCGAUCGGUGCCCUCAAGUGUUACUACAUGGAAAAUGAUGGACCGUCCGGUUUGACGCGCCCGAUCGAUCCCGACAUUGUGCACGCGAUCCGCGACGUGGCCGCACACCUGAACGCGCAACGCGUCAACCUGAAACGGUUGCGCUGGACGCUCGACAUUUCGGUGUGCAAAAUGUUGCGCAUGAAGAACGUGGAAACGAUCUACAGCCCGCAGGCGAACGGUAAACCGGACACCACGAUCAAGCGCGAGGUGUUCAAGUAUCUGCUUGGCGUGUCCAAGUCCGAUCUACCCUCGGUCAUGAUUGGGCCCAUGCAGCACAUCGUCAACAAUUACAUUCCCCAGUCCCGGCUCGACUUUCUCGACAGCCAGACGGAGAAGCUGCGCAAAGACUUUAUCGAUCUGCUCGGCACGGACGGUGUGUUUAUCUAUCCCGGCUUCCCAAACACGGCCCACCGGCACUACCGCAUCUUUCACAAGCUGGUCGAUACGACGUACAUGAUGGUGUUUAACACCGUCGGGCUGCCGGCCGCAUCCUGCAUGGUUGGGUUUGACCGCCAGAAGCUACCAAUCGGCGUACAGAUUGUCGCUGCCCCCGGACAGGAUCAUCUCAUCUUUGCCGUGGCCAAAGAGCUAGAGCGACGGUUCGGUGGUUGGGUGUCUCCAUCCUAGAAGGUUCCACUCUUACCCGGUUGUGGGAGACAACCCUUCCAAUAGACGGCCCAGCCGUCAUGCAGAUUGUGAUUCUUUCGAGCUUAAUCUAAGAUUUCCCCCUAACUUUGUUUUUGUUUUCCUCCCGUUGUAUUGGGUUCUUGUGUUUUAUGUUUAAUCCUAAGUGGACGCAUUAUGCGAUUUCGAUACGUUGCGUUGUGUAAGCACGCGCAUUCUUGCUCAUAUACAAUACGUACACGUUCCUAUCCGUUCCGUCGUUGAAAGUUUACAGUACGCUAGUGCUGAUUAUUAAUUACAAUUGUUACUAUUGUUGAUUGGAUUGCGAUGCGUCGCUACAAAUUCUCAACCUGAGCCGCGCGUGAUGUUGAUCGUUAUGUUUACACGUGUAGUUGACUGUUGACAAAACAAAUACAUAUUGAGAUGGCAAGAGCAAAUGCAACGAGACUGGUUGGUAGAAACAGGAAAUAAUACAUUUAAUGUUUAACUGUGGACAACAAAUAGAGAUAA